AUGGCGUCAAAUACAAGCCUAAGCAACAAAACUGAAAAAAAACAAAAAAAACACAAAGUUAUACCAAUAGAAAAUGAUAAAACAAGCAGUACAAAUUUAACAAAAGCUGCUAGCAAUGUUUUUUUAAAAAAUUCUGAGGAACAGCUCCUUUCAAGAAGAUCUGCCGUUAUAAACCCUAUUUUAAACCAAAAAGCUAGUAAUUUAUUAAUUAAUGUAACUCAAGAAGUUUUGAAUAAUGAGAAAAGAAUUGACAAUUCAGUACCAGGGAAUACCAGUCAAGAACAGCCUGAAAUUCUUAAGAGUAGUCACAAUGGACAGUGGUCAGGCACAACAUCAGUGGAAACAAGUUUGAACCCGGACUCUAAUAUCUUGGAAAAUAGACAUCCUACAAGUCCAAGUAAAACAUCAAACUCUAAGUCAGGUAAUACAAGUAGUAGGCUUUCCAUGGUUGGAGCAAGAAUACGGUCAGGUUCAUCAGUUGGUAAGAUCCACCUAGGUGACACAAAUGUUCAUUCUUUAGGUACUAUGGGUACAACAAAGGCCUCAAGAUCAGCUUCUCAAGCAAGACUUAAAGUAAUAAAAUCCAAAUCUAAAACGAAAUUGGACACAUUAAAAAAAGUAUGGGUUUAUUAUAGAGAACUAGGAUAUCAAAAUACCUGGCUAAAUCCUCUUUUGAUUUUAUUUUUCGUUUAUUCGACUUAUUUUUAUUUAAAUGAUUAUACAGAAAAAAAUCCAUUGCACAAAUUCAUCAGAAUUUCAUAUUAUAUUAAAAAUACAAACUGCUGCAAAAAAGGUUUUAAUGAUCUUUGCUUUAUAUUCUUUCAUAUGAUUGUUUUCACCUUCUUAAGAGAAUUUAUAAUGGAAAUUAUAAUUAAGCCAUUAACAAAACAGUUAAGAAUGCAGUCACAGCAUAAGAUUGAAAGAACAAUGGAACAAGCUUACAGUGUUGUUUACUAUUCUUUUUCUGCUCCCGCUGGAAUGCUAUUAAUGUAUAAUUCACCUUUAUGGUUCUUUAAUACAACAGAAAUGUAUCGAACUUACCCUGAUAUUAUUAUUAGUAGCCAAGUCAAAUGGUACUAUUUAUUACAGGCAUCAUUUUGGUCCCAGCAAGCUGCUGUGUUAGUAUUGCAAUUAGAAAAACCAAGAAAAGAUCAAAAUGAAAUGAUUUACCAUCACAUAGUUACAUUAACAUUAAUUUUAUCUUCUUACAUGUUUCAUUAUACAAAAAUGGGACUAGAAAUUUAUGCAUCAAUGGAUAUUUCUGAUCUUCUUUUGGCAACUUCAAAGACUCUAAAUUAUUUAGAGUUUGCCUACACUCCAGUUGUUUUUGCAUUAUUCGUAAUUUCGUGGAUUUACUGUCGCCAUUAUAUUAAUGCAAAGAUUUUAUGGUCAGUUUUAACUGAAUAUCGGACUGUGGGUAACUAUACUCUAAACUAUGCCACACAACAAUAUAAGUGCUACAUUUCUUUACCAAUAGUAUUCACUUUAAUUUUUGCAUUACAACUAGUUAAUUUAUAUUGGCUACAUUUGAUUUUUAAGGUCUUAUACAGAGUAAUUUUUGAAGGUAUUCAAGAGGAUAAUAGAUCUGAACAUUCUUCAAACGAAUAUACUGAGCAGUUAACUGAUGCCUCAUCAAUUACUACUCGUGAAACCACAUUGUUCGAUGAACAGGAUAAUAAAUACACCGAAAAGAAAACCCUUCCUAAAAUUGAAAUUAAUAACUAG